CCUCCCCGUCAAACGCCGUCAGUGGAGCGGCGCGCCUUGCCGCACCGCGUUAUAACCGCGCCCUCGACAGUGCCGAUGUAAAAAUUAACAAUAAUAUUUAAAAUUCCAACACGUUCCCUUUACCGCGUAAGUGUACCGAAAUCGAUUUAGAAAAUAAUUUCUUAAUUUUAUUGAAGCACUUUUCUUGCCGAUCGACUCUUCGCGUAGUGUAUACGAUAAUUCAAAUUUUGUAGUAUAAGUGAGUUACUGUGUAUGUAAAAGUGCAAUGGAGUAUGCCGGUUUUGUGUGUGUGUAUAGACAUUUGACGAUUGUGUCGUUGAUUGUACUUGGAUUAUAUCGAUGAUAAACCAGUAAAUGAUCUACAGAACCGUACCAAAACUACAAAAUGGUCGACUUAUAGCAGUCAGCGGCCGGAGACAUUUACUCGGACGGUGGCGGUGGAAGCGGAAAGAUGUUAGUUCUGAUGAUCAUACACUUCAUUACCCUGCCAGUGCUAACAUCCAGACUCGUCAGAGGCGAAACAACGAUGGACGAGAAACAACCGCAACCGCUCAUCAGUUCCCGAGUAGUGAGGACCAAGUAUGGUGAUCUCAGAGGGUUCAUAGUCACUCCAGAAUCAAGGAUCUUAGAACCUGUCGAAGUCUUCAGAGGAGUGCCUUAUGCAUCGCCUCCCGUAGGCUCUCUGAGAUUCAUGCCUCCAGUUUCCGGCGCGCAAUGGUCAGGUGUCAAAAUUGCCGAAGAUUUUAGUCCAGUAUGUCCUCAAGUUUUACCCGAUAUAAGAAAUGAGACUGCGGUCUUGAAAAGAAUAUCUAAAGGACGUUUGGAGUAUUUGAAAAGGAUACUUCCAUUUCUUACGAAUCAGUCGGAAGAUUGCUUAUAUUUGAAUAUUUACGCACCCGCCCAAGCAGGUGUAAGAGACGCAGUGGCCCGCUAUCCAGUGCUGGUGUUCGUGCACGGAGAGAGCUACGAGUGGAGUUCUGGCAACCCAUACGACGGCACAGUUCUGGCGUCACACGCUGGGCUGGUUGUCGUCACUAUCAACUAUAGACUCGGAAUCUUAGGUUUCCUCAAUCCUCGAUCGGAUGAGUUCCCUCGUUCUCCUGCUAAUUACGGGCUCAUGGAUCAAAUAGCUGCUCUGCACUGGAUCAAAGAGAACGUGGCAGUGUUUGGGGGAGACCCUACGAACGUGACUUUGAUGGGACAUGGCACUGGAGCCGCGUGUGUUCACUUCUUACUGACUUCUUUGGCUGUGCCUGAAGGUCUAUUAUUCCACAGAGCAGUGCUGAUGUCGGGGUCAGGCUUAAGUCCGUGGUCGCUCGUCGCUGAUCCAAGCAAGUACGCAGCAAUUGUCGCUACACAUGCAAACUGUUCACCUGAACUAACGCCGCCUUUGUUACUCCGGUGUUUGCGGGAGCGGCCGCUAGAGGCGCUGCUGUCUGCGCCGGUACAAGCUCCAGACUUUGCUUAUGCCUUCGGGCCUAGCGUCGACGGUGUUGUUAUAGACACCGGUGAUCUGCUAGUGAACCCUGAGAAUGGCUACGAGUGGGGAGGGCAGACAGUUGCGCAUGCGCCGCUCGGCAAGCAAGCGCAGAACGCCAUCAACAUCAUCAACGCUGUACUCAUGAGAAAGAGCGCCGUCGCGCAACUUACUAAAUACGACCUGAUGUUAGGAGUAACAAAAGCAGAAGCUUAUUUCGCCUUCAGCGGAGAUGAUGUCCAGUAUGGAAUCGAGGCUGACAGGAGAUCCAAGAUCUUGAAGUCCUUCGUCAGGAACACCUAUAGCUAUCAUCUUUCUGAGAUCCUUGCAACUAUAAUCAAUGAAUACACUGACUGGGAACGGCCUGUGCAACAUCCAAUUAAUAUAAGGGAUGAAACACUGGAAGCUCUCAGUGAUGCUCAAGUAGUAGCCCCGAUGGUGCUGACAGCAGACACACAUUCAGCAUUGCGCCGUAACUCCUACCUCUACGUGUUUGAUUACCAGACGAAGUAUGGAGACUAUCCACAGCGCCAAGGUUGUAUCCACGGUGAAGAGUUGCCGUACGUGUUUGGUGCUCCACUAGUGGGCGGGCUGGCCCACUUUUCGAGGAACUAUACGAAAGCUGAAGUAGCCCUUUCAGAAUCCGUUAUGCUAUAUUGGGGCAAUUUCGCUAAAACCGGGAAUCCCAACGAAGCGCAGGAGAGUGAUCCAAUAAGGGCAGGUAGACAAGAAAGAGUGAGAAUGAAGAAUAUAGAAUGGACUGCGUACGAAGCAGUACACAAGAAGUAUUUGAACAUUGACACCAAAGCUAAAUUGAAGAACCACUACAGAGCUCACAGGUUAUCAUUCUGGUUGAACUUAGUACCAGACCUGCACCGUCCUGGAGGUGAAGAUGUGCCUCCAUCACAUCAUCAGCUUGAGCAUGAAGAUGCUGCACUUCAACCUACGCUCAAGACAUUUAGUCCACCAUUCAAAAAGACUACCGAUAUGGUUAUCACAGAUACUGGUUUGGCGACUAAGAUACCGGUGUUAGGAAUCCUGAAUAUUACGUCUCCCUUGAAUUUCAAUAUCAUUGGAGUCAAUACUCCUACACAAAGCACUGCCGCCACUGAAGUUCAUAAAACUGACGCAACUACCGCGACUCCACCAGAAGAUGGCUUCGCCGCAUAUUCUACUGCUCUUAGUGUAACUAUAGCAAUUGGAUGUUCUUUGCUAAUUUUGAAUGUUCUAAUAUUUGCGGGUGUCUACUACCAACGAGACAAGACUAGAAUGAAUGGACAAGAUGGUCACACAAAUGGAGCUCAUUUAAAAAAACGAGUGGAGAAUGGCCAGAUGCCGAACAACAUUUGUGGUGACUUAGAGGGGGCAUUGACUUACCAGACAAGUCUGAAGAAUGACCCUGCUACAAUUUUAAGCCAUCAUCAUCAUUCUCAUCACCAAUUACCACCCCCUGAAUUCGCAGAUCUUCCAAGCAAUAACGUCGCUGGUAUGGCGACUUUGCCUCGGGCGCCUCCUCCGCCAAAACUUGGGAAGAGUAAUAUAAAUACUCUAGCAAGCGGGCAGCUCCAAGAGAACCAGCCCUUGCUAUCAGCACAUCAGAUGCAGAUGAUCAACACGAGCACUCUGACGAAAAAGAACACGCAACUGAACGCGAAGUCGAACGUGACGAUGGAGGAGUUGCGUGUGUGACGUCAGCGAGCAUGACUGCAACGAGCCGGCAGUUGCAGCGACGUAGUUCAUCAUGACGAGAUCGUGUGACUUGAGCCGGACCUUCUCAGGUGUGUUACAGAUUAUAUAUAGACAUUUACUGUGCCACUUGAAUCCAGAAGGUUAUAAAAUAUUAAAGACUUUUAUUCCAAGGACAAUGUGAACUGAAUCAGUGAUUUUCUUCAAAAACUCGAAUGUGAGAUAUUUGAAUAAGUGACGUUCGUGAUUAUCAUAUCUAAGACGUUGGAGUGUAAUAUAGAGUGUUAUUGGACGAUUUAUCGAUGUAUGUAUAAAAUGUUUGUAAAUAGCGAAAUAAUUGUACAUAGUUCGCAGCUCAGCCGCAUAUCCAUCCUAAUUACAAUUAUGAUAAUCUCAAAAAUAAUGAACUUAAAGUAAAGUAAUAAAGAUUAAUCGUCGUUGUUCUCGCUCGGCUGUUGCAAUUGUAUGAAUGCAAAGAAAGUUUCUUUUUAAAAGAAUGGACAUUGUUGCUCAGACGUUACUGUCAAGAGAUUUAUGUUCUAGAAUAUCUGACGUUGUAAUAAGCUUAUUUUCCAACCAUUUGAGACAGCAUUUUAUUGUAUUUAAGUGCAGCUAUUUGCGUUAAUACUUGCUAUUAAGAUGACUAAACACAAUACUAAGAUGAUUGUCUAAAGCUCUACGAUUGAAAAAUGUAUUUCGAUUCUGUCGGAGCGUCGGCGCCGGCAUUAAAUGCGAGUCAGUGUAUUUUAUUAAUAGUUCAAGCGGACAAAUCUAAGAGAACAGAAGACCCUUUCGGAGGUCCUUUGAUUCCAAAUAUAAUUUUCCUUUGAACAUCUCAAGUAAUGAAAUUUUGGCAAUUUUCUUGUGAUAUUUUAUAAAAUUGUAACAGCCGAUCGAAUUUGGAUUUAAUAUUGAAUUUAAAAACUAGAUACUUGAAGAAUAAAGGGAUACCAGUUUAAUCUUCGCCGACCGUUUUGUCGAAGUUAGAAGCAAUAAUGGUUCUUCGAAAAAGUCAGUUUUUAAGCGAUUUUAGUUUUUGAUAGAAAAAAAAAGUUUUGCUGAAGAAACAGGUGGUCGUUAUCUGAGAUCUUCUUUGUUUACGACUAUUUGAGUUUCAUAAUUUACUUUACUGUUUUACUUGUUGAAGUAAGGCACGAACAUUGGAUUUCUUUUUGCUUUCGCAUUUCUAAUUAUUUAAAUACCGUAAAACAUGGCAACUUUACCAUAUUUUGGAACAAAAAUCGAAAUAUAUUUUUAACCAUAAGACGCAUAGAAACCAAAACUAUAUAUUUAGAAUUGUAGUCUAUCUGGCUCACUUUACUGUAAUCGUCAUUAUAUACAAACGCUUACUUUAGCCGUAGUAAAGAAAAAACAACAUGGGUAAAGAUACCAAAGGAGAAUGCUCAAAAAAACCCAGGCCCGGCGCAAACUAUACGUAUCUCAGUUUAUCAGUAUAAAUGAGUAAUGAAAUGCUAUAUAGGUACCAUCAUCGAAAACGAUGGCUAAAUGUUGGAAAUUGAUAUUUAUUUUUUAGCAUGGAUUAAUUUUUAUAAUUGUUUUGAUUUAUGAAACUAGUAAUAUCUUUUGUUUUAUUGAGUUAAUACGCUUCGUAUACGCCGUGAGCAUCAAUUACAGAUCACCCCCUCAUCAAUACAGCGUGAUAUAAGACGUUUUAUAUAGUAGAGGUAGUGGCAGAAAUGCAAUUGGCGAAUAUUAUUGUUCAUGCAUACAUGGGAAAAGGACGCUCGGUUGUUGUGCCCAUGUGAUGUCCAUCAUAUACUACCUUGGGUGGGCAAGGCACCAAGAUGGUUUUGCAAAUCCCGCACUUUCACUACAAAACGUAAUAUAAGAUGUAGAACUAAAAUGAUUGAACUUUGAAUAAUCUGAUACAUGAUGUUUUGAUAAUGUAUACAUUUGUUUUAAUACUUUCUACUCGUAAUAUCCUUUAAAUAUCAUCAUCAUACCAGCCGAAAUACGUCCACUGCUGAUCGAUUUAAAUAUAGUCCCUGACAAAAAACAAAUAGCAAUUUCCUACAUUUAGCCAUCGUUUUCGACGAUGGUACCUAUACGGGAUUUUAUUACACAUUUAUACUGAUAAACUGAGAUACAAAUCGUUUGCGCCGGGCCUGGGUUUUUUUCCCAUACUUCGUGAGCAUUCUCCUUUUUGGCAACUUUACCAACGCGCCGUAUUCAUCGUGUAUUGCAUAUUAAAGAGUUGUUGAGGUACAGAGGGCUUCAUCUAGGACCUCUUCGUAUUAUAAUGCAAACAAUAUGAGGAAAUCUAUAAAGAUAACGGCUACACAGACAGUAGGUAUAGUUGCCACGGGUUUCAUCGUAAUUUACAUACAAAUAAUUUGUUACGCUCGGGGUUGUCAAAAAAUGAGAAAUUUUUUUAUGACAUGUAUAUUUAAAAAAAAAUUAAAAACCUUAAACCUAAAGUAAAAAAAAGCAUAAAUAUCUGACAAAAAUAUUGUUCCCUUUUAAACUAAAUUAAGUUCUAAAAUUUUAAGUAUUUAUGUUUAAAAUUGUAAAAAAAGGCUACAAAAUAAUGUUUAAUCUUUUGACUUUUUAAUUUUUUGACUUCACUAUCUCCAUAGCUAAUUUUAACAUUACUUUCGUAUACUUUUUAUAUUGUCUAGCUCCGAGUUUUCUGCGGUUUUGUUUCAUGUGAGCCAUUUUGGCUCUAAAACAAAAGGUAUUAUUAAAUACAUUAUAACUUAUUAUCCAGGAUGUUCACUAUUAUGCUGGGAAAUUUAGGUAUUCGAAAAUGGUUACAUACACACAAACAAGAAAAAAACAUUUAUUGCCAACCCUAACUAUAGGCAAAGUUGCCACAAAGCAGGUCGUGGCAACUUUACCUAACCUGUGUCAACAUUACCGAAGCGAUUAUUUAUCAAUAAAUUAAAGAAAAAGCAAUUGCUGACAUUACAACAGUAAUCCCAACUAUAUUAUACAUACAAGAUCAAAAUUUCACUCACCUGUGACAAAUAAUUUAGGCUCUGUGAGCACAAUUUAGGAACUACUAACUUUUAGCACAUUUUCACGCACUACACUGUAACGGCCAUUACUGGCAUAAUAGCAGUCUUACGUCUACGCAAAAUAUAGUAAAUAUUUCCUUUUAAAGUCUAAAAAAUAAUACUAUUACAAAACAGAAUUCUAGUGGGUAGAUUUUUAGAUAAAUGAGUUUAUACCGAAUACCUAUAGUAUGGUAAAGUUGCCAAGGGUCUGGUAAAGUUGCCAUAGUUUACCGGUAGUUAUAUUCUUAUUCUUUCUGGGGGAAAGGUGAUGCGAUAUUAUCUUUAUUUUUGUUUCAAAUGUUUCUUCAGCAAACGAAUUAUUUUUAGUUUUCAACAUAGAUGGACCAAUAGUGUUUGUAAAUAUGUAAAUAAAUUUAGGAGACGGUAUAACAGGUUGUAUGACAUCCUUUCUGUUGAAAUUCAAAACACGACUGAUCCUCCUUACUUUUGUUAAUAAAAAAUAAUGGAUACACUAAAUUGAUAAUGUAAUUUAAUUAUUGUUAUUGUAAACCGUUUUUAUUUAGUAUCGAGAGUCAGUAAUUAUGUUUUGUUUGUAUUAAUAUCAAAUGUCCUUCUGUAUGCAAAAGCACAAAUUUCGUUGUUGGGUAAAGGAAGUAAGUGUAUUUAUAGAUAUCAAUAAAGUCUGUACAAAGACUUCAUUAUAAAGUACUCACCGGAAUACAGACUAAAAAUUUUAAUAAAAUAAUAUCUAAAAAAAUA